CGACCCAUAAAUCACAGUCUGGCAGAUACUAGGCCUUGUUGACCAAUCAGAGAAAUAACAGCUAGUAGAGAUGGUCUACCUUCAGUCAUUAUGAGACACGGCUUUGCAAAAGAAUAACACUUGCACAGUAUAAACUAAAAGACAAAUAUAUAAUUUUAAAUUUUUUCAGCAAUAAUGGCACCACUUUACUCUGAACCCCUAACAAGAUCUGAGUAUUUUUCCGAGGAAGUUAGCAUUAAACCUUUUUUCAACUACUAAAUCUCGAUCCGAGCGCACGCCUGUGGUUCCAUUGUGGCUUUGGUGCACUUUUUUGAUGGCGAGGUUCCAGCUGGUCCGCGUCAAAGUGAGCUGGACGGUACUUUUGGCUCUGGCCCACCUCACCUACCUGCUAUUUGGCGCCAUCGUCUUCCAAGUCCUGGAACGAGAGGCUGAGAGCAACAACCGAAACCACUUCCAACUGGAGAAGUUGAAUUUCUUGGCUAAUUACACCUGCUUGGAUGGACCAGCCUUGGAGAAGUUUGUUCAGGUGAUUUUAGACGCCUGGGAAAGGGGCGUGAAUCCUUCGGGUAACUCAACGAACCCUAGUAACUGGGAUUUCAGCAGCUCUUUCUUUUUUGCCGGCACUGUGGUCACAACUAUAGGGUAUGGCAACCUAUCUCCCAGCACUGUGUGUGGUCAGGUGUUCUGCGUGUUCUAUGCCCUGUGCGGCAUCCCACUAAACCUGGCCUUCCUCAAACAACUGGGCAAAUGCCUCACUCUACACUUAGGUCGCCUGGAGAGAGGGAUGGUGUCUGUGGUUCCACACAAGCAAACAGUUGAGGCUUUGGCAGUCAGCUCCUUCUUCGUCACGGGUAGCCUGCUGUUUCUGGUCAUCCCACCUCUGCUGUUCAGUUACGUGGAAGGGUGGACAUUUGGUGAAGGCUUCUACUUCGCUUUCAUUACACUCAGCACCAUUGGGUUUGGAGAUUAUGUGGUGGGGACCGAUCCUGGGAAGGAGUACAUUUCUCUGUACCGUAGCCUGGCGGGUAUUUGGAUCAUAUUCGCUUUGGCCUGGCUCGCUCUGAUCCUCAGCAUGGGCACGCGGAUAAUGGAGCAUGUCAUUGGUCUGACAAUUCCAGGCUUCAGGAAGCAAGAGGAGGAUGAGGACGUGUCAUCUAAUAAACUGGACGACACUUCAAAGAUCUGACACCUGAUCCCAAAUCCUUUCAUUUGAGGCCACUGGGGUUAGACACACAGCUGACUACAGCCAGCGCAGGAUUCCCGCUCAUUACCUAUAUGUGAUUGUCCAAAUGUGAUGUGUGAUUCAUCAAGAUUGUACAUUUUAUUCUAUGAAUGUGUUCAUUAUAUGACACUUUGGUAAGAAGUCUACCUCAAUAAGUGUCAUUGCACACUUAUACAGUAUAUAUCAUAAACCAGGGGUGUCCUAACUUUAUACACCGAGGGCCACAUACUUAAAAAGAUUCAAGGUUGCUGGGCCCUUUUGACACAUUUUGUCAAUUAAAACCCAUCCAGGGUAGGUCAAUAUAUGCUAAGCUACCUGAACAAAACAUCUUUGCUUUUUCUGUCAUAGGUGACCUAGCAAAUCUACAGUAUAUAAUACAUUAUUAUACAUCUCAUUAAUAAUUAAUUCGCUUUAUUUUUGCAAUAUGUUAAAGGAAAUGAAAAAAACCUAACUUUGGUAUCAACAUUAUAGCUUACGAAAGGGUGGACGAGGGUGUAAUAGUUCUACUCGUUCUUUUUGAUUAAAUACACUUGUGUACUGUAUGUACUAUUUAUUGCAGACCUGGUCAAAUUAAGGUCCGGUUAGCUUUUCAAUCUGGCCCGCCGGAGAUUCCCAAAUAAUUGUUUUAGAUGUUUAAGAUGGAAAGUGUAGCUGCUAUUAUGAUGUGCAGUGAUUUUUUCUAAUGGCCGAAAGUCUUCAACUAUAAAUGAUAAAUGGGUUGUACUUGUAUAGCGCUUUUCUACCUUUAAGGUACUCAAAGCGCUUUGACACUACUUCCACAUUUACCCUUUCACACACACAUUCACACACUGAUGGAGGGAGCUGCCAUGCAAGGCGCUAACCAGCACCCAUCAGGAGCAAGGGUGAAGCGUCUUGCUCAAGGACACAACGGACGUGACUAGGUUGGUACUAGGUGGGGAUUGAACCAGGGAUCCUCGGGUUGCGUACGGUGACGCAGUGAGAGAGUGGCCAUCUAAGUCUUUCAAUGCUUGGAAUCUGCAUCACAUACUAGUUACUAUGGUCAUCUAAUUAGUUGCUAUGUCAUGUAAUUAGUUACUAUGGUCAUCUAAUUACUUACUAUGGUCACUAUGAGAUAUCUCGGAUUGUAGAUGGGGUUUUUUUCACCAUUUUUGUUGCAUUUUGGUUGCGUUUCGGUUGAUUGUAAAUGAUGAUGUCAAUAUUCAGUGUUUUAUCAUUUGUAGUUAAUAUUGUAAAAUCCCACAUUAUUUAUUUUCAUGUACAUUCUAAGUGUCUCAUUCAGUAAAAAAAAAAAAAAAUUCAAAUUCCAUUCCGUUUUUUAAGGCGGUCUGUAAUAACGUUUCUAGCUUUGCAUAAUUUUUGUGAGGUUUUUUAUUAGUGUUCCCCAGACACCCUUUUUUUUAUCUAAAUCUGGCCCCCCGAGUAAAAUAAUUGCCCAGGCCCUGUUUAUUUUGAGAAUGUAUAUAAUAAUAACAAUGUAUAUCUGCUGGACACUUCUUUGGGUGCAAAAAAAAAGAUUUUAUGGACACAGUUUCUCACCUUGUUUACAUAUGAAAAACAAGGAUGCACA